AUGUCAGAGGAAUCCAAGACCCUGCCUUUGUAUCCAAAGGCUCUGCUUCAACAACAUAACUCUAAAAAUGACUGUUGGGUUAGUGUGAACUAUCGUAAGAUCUAUGAUGCGACAGAUUUCAUCCGUCAGAAUCCAAGUAUGAGCCAGGCCAUUUUAGAAUAUGCUGGGAAGGAUAUUGCGCAGGCUUUAAAAGAUAAAGUGUUUAAUAAGCAAACUACAGCUGCGUACGAAAUUUUGAAAGAUUCAAAUUUAGUUGGUUACUUGGCAACUGAAGAGGAAGAAAGAAAGCUUCUCACGAAUGAGAAACAUACUGUAGAAGUGAAAUUAUGUGACUCUGAUUUGACAAAGUUCGUGAAGGUGUUACCUUCAGAGGAGAAGCUUUUGGUAAGAACGGACUUCAGAAAUGAUCUUCAGAAACAUAAGUUUUUGGACUUAAACAAGCCCUUGUUGAAACAGUUGUGGAACAGUAACUUCACUAGAGAGUUCUAUAUUGAUCAGAUUCAUAGACCAAGGCAUUACGGUAGAGGUUCAGCGGUUUUAUUUGGAAACUUCUUGGAACCACUCUCGAAAACCGCAUGGUGGGUUGUCCCUAUGCUGUGGUACCCACUAGUUUUCUACUUUUUGGCUAAGGCCGCGAAAAACCUUUCUGCUCCACUUGUUAUUGCCCUAUUCAUAUUUGGUAUAUUUGUAUGGACCUUGGUUGAAUACAGUUUGCAUAGAUUUUUAUUCCAUGUGGAUAACCAUUUACCAGAAUCAACUGUAGUAUUUACGCUGCAUUUCCUUUUGCAUGGUUUCCACCACUACUUACCAAUGGACAAGUAUAGAUUGGUUUUACCUCCAGCGUUGUUCAUUGUAUUGUGCACUCCGAUCUACAAGCUAGUUUUCCUCAUGUUCCCAUAUUAUUGGGCGUGUGCAGGGUUUGCAGGCGGUGUGUUUGGCUACAUAGGAUACGAUAUGACUCACUACUUUUUACAUCAUCAUAAGCUACCACCAUUCAUGAGAAAGUUAAAGAAAUAUCACUUAGAGCAUCAUUAUAAAAACUACGAGUUGGGAUACGGUGUUACAUCGUGGUUUUGGGAUAAAGUUUUCGGUACAUACUUAGGCUCGGAUGCCCCGGUUGCUAAAAUGAAGUAUCAAUAA